AAAGUUGUGCAGGAUUCAGGCUGUUAGUACACAGCGCGAGACGUGCGUCCUUUCAGUGGAUAUUACUCUGAAGCUCUGGACUAUGGUCAUUACGCAUUUAACGUUAUCUGUUUAUUCUUUCCACUAUAGCAUGAUUGCGAGAUAUGUCCAGAAUGUAGACUAUGUGUUAAUAUGCUAAGUGAGUGCGUUUUCGGUCGUGGAAUAACUCGCAACUUUGCGCACAGGGGUUCACUUGUCUUGGAUCGGUCCAACCACCUGUAAGCGUCUGAAUGGAAAGUAUGUCACCGCAGCAGCACGUAAACAUCAGCCAGAGCCGCUCUUCAUCACUCACUGAGGAGACCAAAAUGUGCGCGCAUCUGGAUAACAAGCGGAGGACGAAGGCCCUGUCUUGUCGCAGGCAGUCUGCUCCUUCCUUGGUCAUCAGCAAAGCUCUAACUAGAUCCAGAACAAUAUCCAGGGAUAACAGUCUCUCUCCAGUCAGCCCAGAGACAUGCCUACUGGUGCAGUCAUAUCUUAAUCCUUCAAGGAUGUUUAUUGGUCAUGCAUAUGUCCAGCUGAAGACUGGUCUACAGACCCAGGAGAGGCAUAUGUUCCUUUUCACUGACAUCCUACUCAUCAGCAAAGCCAAAUCCUCAACCAACUUUAAGAUGAAGGCACAGACACGGGUUUCUGAAAUGUGGACAGCAAACUGCAUGGAAGAAGUGUGUGAGGGGAGUACAUGUCUUGAUAAAAGCUUUGUCAUGGGUUGGCCAACCUGCAACUGUGUAGCCACAUUCAGCUCAGUUGAGCAGAAGGAGAGAUGGCUUUCCCUUAUUAAAAGUCGAAUAAAAGAGGAGAAGGAGAAAGAUAAUCCAAAAACAAUCCCCCUCAAAGUGCAUGCCAAGGACAUGGGGAACUUUUCAUAUACAACCAUUGCUGUGAGCAAUUCCGACAGCGCCAAUGAAGUUAUUCGUCUCACACUGCAGCAGUUUGGGAUUGUGGGUUGUGUGAAGGACUUCCAGCUGUGGGUGAGUUCCAGAAAAGACAAUGCUCCUUACCCUCUUAUUGGUCAUGAGUUUCCUUUCAGCAUACAGAUGAGUCAUUUAAGAGAGCCAUUAGAUGAAACUGAUGAAAAAAGUGAUGAAGUAAUUUCACCUGAAAGACAAAUGGAGCUACUCUUUGAGCAGUUGCAGUCAGACAGUCAGUGCCAGUUCAUCCUGAGGCCAAGUCGGGUCGCUGUGGGUCACUCUUUUGUUGUUGAUCCAGACCAGAAGCCGUUCAAAAGACGGCGGUCUCUCAUCAACUGGGCUUUUUGGCGUGGCUCGUCAAAUCACCUGGAUGAUCCUCCCUUAUCACCCCAUUUAUCAACAACUGAUAAGCUCUUUGGCCUGCCCCUCUGCAUGGUAUGCAAGGAUAACAGUCUUCCCAAACCAAUCAUGGACAUGCUAGUCUUUCUGUUCCAAGAGGGGCCAUUCACAAGGGGAAUUUUCCGGCGCUCUGCUGGGGCCAAAGCCUGCAGGGAGCUGAGAGACAAACUGGACUCAGGAAUCCAGGAUGUUCCGAUGAGCCGACAGUCUAUCUUUGUGAUUGCCGCUGUACUGAAGGACUUCCUGCGCAGCAUCCCAGGCAGCCUGCUGUUGUCAGAUCUCUAUGAGAAGUGGAUGGCCACUAUGGAUUUGCCUGACAAAGCAGAGGAAAAUCAAAUAAAGGCCAUUCAGGGUUUGGUGAUGUCUCUUCCGUCUGAGAACAUCCUACUCCUAAAGCACGUAUUGGCUGUGCUCUACAACAUUCAGAUCCAUGCUGAAGACAAUCAGAUGAAUGCCUUUAACCUGGCUGUAUGCAUUUCUCCCAGUUUGCUCUGGUCCCCAGCUCCUAGCACCCCUGAGAUUGAAGGAGAAGGUACCAAAAAGGUCUGUGACUUGGCAAAGGUUAUGAUUGAAAAGUGCAUGGCAAUAAUGGAAGAAGAUGUGACCAUACUAUUUGAUGGUUUUCCCCCGAGCUGCAGUCAUGGAUCAGACGUGUCCUCUUAUCAGAUGACCGACUCCUCUUAUGACAGCCUUGAGAAUGAGCUGAAUGAUGACUCUGGAUCGCUUUUCCAGCCCAUGCAGAGAUCACGAGGCAAGCCAGACAGUCGCAGCUAUGACUCAGUCCUUACACUGAGUGACUGUGACCUGGAUCAAACUGAUACUGACCCAGACAUCACCAUAAACACACACCUUUUACACCCAUCAUUAGCCUGCCCAGUAAAAGCAUCCUCAGCAGUGAGUCCAUCCACUCCUCACCUACAUUCUCCAUGUAAGGAAUCUUCUUUUCCUAAGGGUGUUCGUCAGCUGAGACGUUCCUCUGAGCCUGCCAUUUGGAAUUCAACCUCAUCCUUAACCAGAUAUCUUGAAAGUAGGCAACAUCGAAAGGGCAGUUACGAAUGUGUGACAAGCCAAGGCAGGAGUGAUGUAGAUGUAGACCUUGAGGUUGAUUUAAACACCUUGAGGCUGGAGAAGAAGUGUGACCCUAUUCAAGGGAAUCAGAAUGAGCGGAAUGUCCCUCAACAAACGAAAGAGAAACUAAAACCUUCACCUCUGCGUCUAAAUAGCAGCUGCGUAAAUCUCUCUUCCCCUGUGGCUUCACCAAUACAUUCUUCAGUGAGCUCUCUGGACAGUGCUUCCUCUCAGCACUCUGCUGACUUCAACAAGCAUUGCCCUCAAAUAGUAAGUAGCUUUAAGUCAUCAGUGAAAUCUUCUCCCAAGUUUGCUGGCAUUGUGUCUGAAACUUCUCCUGGUCCAACCACACCAAGUCUGAUGGAAUAUUCACCUAAAGAGAAAUUAGACUGGAGCCAGUUGAGAAGCAGUCAUGGGCUACAUCCAAAUACCUGGCUUAAGAAAGACAACAGACUAUCCCUGACUAAAGGCAAAGGUAGCAUGGAUGACAAGGACACUGGUGAUCCACUACUCCAUUCUGAAAAUUUCUCCCAUAGCAAAGAGAGGAAAGCUCAAGAACCAGGUAUUGCACUUGCUAGGAAAAGAUCAACCAGUCCUAACUGUUCUGAAGAACCUUUGCACGAAACACAGCAUUCCAGAUCAGUUUAUUCCCUUGCCUUGGACAAAACACUAACAGUGAAAGAUCUGAGAGAGAUUCACAACCAGGCAUGUUCACAGAGUAAACAAACUCCGGUACAGAAGUACUCUCAGCAAAACACACCAGGAGGUAAUACCAGCAGUUUGCCACAGUCUGUGUUCUAUGGCCAAAGUGUUCGCCGCUUGGCCUUGUACAGAAAGAAAUCUUAUUCGCUUGUUCCUGUCGAGGAAAAGUCCCCUGAAUGUCCUUCUUUUCAGCGUCGAUCAUCUGAACCCGGAGAGAAUUGUCUAGGGCUGGAUCGGGAGACAGUAAAGAGUCUGGAGCAUAUCCACAGGCAGGCUAUAGGAAAACAAGACACGUAUUCUAAAGCAUCUGACCUGGAGAAAGAUAAGCAUAGUAAACCCCAUUUUGGCUUGUCACCUGCUGCCACAAAGGCUGUGAGGAACUACUUCUUUUGGCAAGGAGGUGAAGAUACUCAGAGUAAUCUAAAGAAGAGCCAGGAAGUGGCAUUGGCUGUUGUCCAUGGCAAGCGGGAGUGGAUGAGGAGGUGCAGUGACACACAGCUUGAAGACUUUGAAAAAAUGCUUUUCUCAGAAGAGUCUUACGUCUAACUUCAUGGAUUCUUAUGCAGUAGCAAUAUUUCACAAGUUCAGUCCAAGUAUCGUUAUCCCUGGUCUAACUAUCUGCUUCAGUAUAUUGGUCCAUUUAGUGUGUUAGACUAAAUAAUAAGAAAAAUAAAGUAGGCAGAGUACUUUAGGACUAGAUCAGGAGGACACAUCCCUAAAUACAGUCAGCUCCAGAAUUAAUGGUGCCUUGGAUAAAGAUGGGUAUAAAAGGUUAUGAAAAAUGGUCUUUGUGGUUAAUUAGCUUCUGGAAUCCAUCUGGAAAUAAAGCCUUUAAUUGUAUUGUAGUUCAAGAAAGUGUUAGUCCCUUACCAAAUGCAUAAACAUGAAGUGGCCAAAUUCCCUUUGUCAUUGGGUAGCUCUGAGAAUCCAUAAAUUAAAAUAGAAGUGUGUUGGGUUUCAUAAAUCAAGCAAUGGCUAUAUAGCUACAUGCCUGAAAUCCAAAUUUUUGAGCAAUAAUUCAGAAGGUGAAAACAACUUUAUUGUAAUGAACCUCUCUGUAAAGGAUCACAAUUGUGCUUUGCCCCUAAGCAUAGUGAAAAGAUUAGAGAGGCAAAAAUGGAUCCCAGUUGGAGAUUUGCAGAAGUCAGCUGCAUUUUGGAGUCACCACGUUUCCAAAUCUACAAUUAGAAACCACUUCCAUGCCAACAAACUCUUUGGAAGGCGUGCCAGAAGAGAAACUUUCUUUCAUCUAACCACAAAUGCAAGUGCCUGGAGUUUUCUGGAUGGUACUGGAACUUUGACUGGAACUUGUGUUCUAAGAUGUGAUGAGACAAAAUAUAUUAUUAUAUUGGCAAAAUAUAUUAGCAUCUAAUAUUCAAGGUGGGGAAAAAAGAAGUUUCCCCACUGUUAGGUAUGAUGGAUGAUUUGUGAUAUUGUAUCGCUGUUUUUCAUCCAAAGGCCAUGAGAAUCUUUUUAGGAUACAGCAUCCUGAACUCCAUGUACUCGGGUGUAACUGAAAAUCGGACUGCCUUUCCCAGGAAGCUACAACUGGGGUCUUGUUUGGAUCUCCAAUGGAGGACAAAUAUCUGAAACAUACAUCUAAAGCCACACAAAACUGGUGAAAUUUCCAAAUUGUCAAGCAUUUAACUUGGCUAUACCAAUCCCCUGACCUAAACCCAAGUGAAAACCUCUGGGGGGAGAUUCGAUAUAAGCACCUGGAGAGAUUCAGUAUUGAGGACUGCUUUCAUAUUCCAUUCUGUGUAUUCUCCACAGUUCAUAUUAGAUGACUUAGUGCUGUUAUGUUGGCAAAAGGAGGUUGAACCGUACGAGAAGAAAAAAAAUCUCAACGGUUUUCAAUGACCUUUUUUAACACCCAUAUUUAAAGGGUGCCAAUAAUUCUGGUAUGAUUGUAUUCGUAAGGAUUUGCAAUAUCUGAUAGUGAAUGUGGCCUGUUGUAUAUGUUGUAUUGUAUUUUUUCUAUCAUGCCAUAAAUUGAAUCCGUAAAAUUUAUUUGCUUUUAAGCUUUAUGAUGGCUUAGUUAGAAGCUAUUGUAAUUUUCUGUAAAACUAUUUUCACUAUUAUAUUAUAACUAUUAUAUUAUCAAUCCAAGAAAUGCAGUGAAGUGCAAUGACACUAGGUGUAUGUACCAUCUUACCAAUGAAAUAACUUUUAAUUUAAAAGUUGUGGUAAGUAAAAUAAAUAUCAAGAUUGUGUGAACAUAGACAAUAGGAUAGCUUACAGGGUGGAGAGACCUUAACUGAUACUAUGUAAAGUUCUUUAAUAAAGGGAAUUAUUAAAGCGAUUCAUUAGGUUAUUUUGAUUUAAUAUGGAAAUUCAUGUCAUAUAUAAGGUUUAGAAUUAGUCUAAAUUUUGAUUGUUAAAAUAAGUACUAUGCUUGCUAAUGCAAAGCACAAAACCAGUGCAGAUAUGUAAUUAAUGUGUAAGAAACUUAUCCUGACCACAAAAAUGUUGACGCCUGAGGUUCUGCUUUGGUAGGUGUAAAUAAUCAAUUGUAUUAUCAUACAUAUAGGCUUCUAUUGCUUUUUAUUUGGUGUCAGUGAGUCCUUGCUUAUUUAAUAAAAUUAAGACAGUGUGUCAAAUUCCUAAUAUGAAUUUGCUACUGGAUAGGUUUUCUUUUAAAUAUAAAUAAGGACAAUUUAUGUGCAGUAAGAGAAUAGCACAUCUGGAAAAGCCAUGUUUCUACGCUGUAGACAUAGUGUAUAUUUAUAAGAAUCUAAAGAGUAAUGUCUUAAGUAUAUUUUCUUUUCUAUUAAGAUAUAUAUUCAGAUGUUGUUGUUUUUUUUCCAGUGACUUUGUUGCCAGUUCUUUAUACUCAUAUUACCUUAUGGCAGGAGUUCUCUGUUUGCAGUCAGGGGUCCCUUAAAUUGUGAAAUAAAAUCCACACCUAUUCACCUGUUCAUAUAACAGGCUAAUUAUUUAACUAUGUACAGUAUUAUAGUGGCUGUUUGCUGGAGCCAUAAAGAAUUUUAUCCCUGGCACAAAACACGAGGGUUAAAUUUACAUUAUUUUUGAGGUUUGGAUUAAAUCUAUUUAAUUCAAGUAACCUGUCAAACUAAGUGUCAUAAUAUUAAACAGCUUUUAAUGAUAAUUUACGCCACUUAACAAUAUAAAGACACCACAGGGCUGUGAUUCACAGAGCCCACUUUCAGAACUGCUGCCUUUUAGGAUAGUGAUUAUAAAGAAUAUGGUAUCAGACUUAAAAUACUGUACCUCGAUGUACACCAAUGUGUUAGAAAAACACCUGCUCAUUUAUGCAGCUAUCCAAUCAGCCAAUCGUGUGGCAGCAGCACAAUGCAUACAUUCAUGCAGAUAGAGGUCAAGAACUUCAUUUAUUGUUCACAUCAAACAUCAGAAUGGGGGAAAACAGGGAUCUCUGUGACUCCAUGAAUGGUUGUUGGUGCCAGAUGGGUUGGUUUGAGAGUCUCUAGGAAAUUUCACACACAAAAAAGAUCCUGUGUGUGGACAGUCUGCAGGCUGAAACACCUCGUUCAUGUGAGUGAUCAGUGGAGAAGGACCAAGCUGGGUUGAGCAGCGAAGCAUUUCUGAAUACACAACACAUCAAAACUUGAGGUGAAAGAGCUAUGCAUCAGGUUCCACUCUUUUCAACCAAGAAUAAGACUGAGCACAGACUCAAGCUGGACAGUUAAAGACUUUCUACUCUUCAACUGUUCAGUAUCUGUAAGCCCAGCCUUAGAUUCCGUUUCUUGGCUCACAGGAGUGAAACCCUGACAUGGUCUACUUCUGUUGUAGCUCAUCCACCUCAAGGUCAAUGUUUUGUGCAUGCUGAGAUGCUUUUCUGCUCACCACUGUUAUAAAAAGUGAUUAUAUGAGUUACUUGAUCCUACCAGGAAGCUUGACGGCUCUCAUCAACAAGGCGUUUCCACCCACAGAACUGUUGCUCACUCGAUGCUUUUUGUUUAUUGGCACCGUUCUGUGUAAACUCAAAAGACUAUUGCAUGCAACGUUCCCAGAUCAUCACUUUCUUAAAUACUCAAACCAGCCCAUCGACAUCCAAGCUAUGGUCAAAGUCACAGAGAUCACAUUUUUUUCUUCAUGCUGAUAUUUGGUAUGAACUGCUCUUGACCUGAAUAUGUAUGAUUUUUUAUUUUAUUUUGCACUGCACUGCUGCCACAUUCAUUAGACAACUGCAUGAAUGUGCAGGUGUACAGAUGUUCUUAAUAAAUUGGACAGUGAGUAUGUUUGUAUUGUGUAUGUAUUUGUUCAUAUGAGUUAAAUUGUGAGUUAAGGCUCUUAAUGCAUUUUUGUACAUGCCUGUGUUGCUGCUGUCUUAAACUAUUUCCUAUUGCAAAUUGCUUGUGUUGUGGUUUGUACAUUUCCAAAUAUUAGCUUCUUAGUUAUCACCUUGAUAAUGUAUAUGAUGAGUCCCCCUUAACCCUAUUCUCAGAUGAAAAUGGAUUUCUAGUGGUAAAGAAUUACCCGAUCGGGCAUAACACUUUUACCUAUUUUUCACUAUGACCACUGACAGGUGAAGUGAACAACACUGAUUAUCUCCUCAUCAUGGCACCUGUUAGUGGGUGGGUAUAUAUUAGGCAGCAAGUGAACAUUUUGUCCUCAAAGUUGAUGUUAGAAGCAGGAAAAAUGGGCAAGCAUAAGGAUUUGAGCGAGUUUGACAAGGGCCAAAUUGUGAUGGCUAGACGACUGGAUCAGAGCAUCUCCAAAACUGCAGCUCUUGUGGGCUGUUCCCGGUCUGCAGUGGUCACUAUCUAUCAAAAAUGGUCCAAGGAAGGAACAGUGGUGAACCGACGACAGGGUCAUGGGCGGCGAAGGGUGGCCCGUGUGAUCCG